CGCUCUGGUCCGUCUCCUCUCAAAACCCUAGCUCCCCCACCUCGUUGCCUCCCUCUCUACCGCUCUCUCCCACCGCCUCCUCUUUCUCCCUCCUCUCUCCCGAAGCAACGAGAAGACCAAAACCACAGGAAGAGAGAGAGAGAGAGACAGAGAGAUGGCGAAGAAGAAGGAGAGGGGGGUGAACGUGUCGGGCAAGCCGCGCCACUCGCUCGACGUCAACCGCGCCAAUGACAAAAAGGGCGCGGGUGGCGGCGCCGGCGGCGGGGCCCGGUCCGCAGCCACCGUGCGCCGGCUGCAGAUGUACAAGACGCGGCCCAAGAGGGACCGCUCGGGGAAGGUGCUCAGGAACGACCUCCAGUCCAAGGAGCUCCCCAACACCCGCAUCGAGCCCGACCGCCGCUGGUUCGGGAAUACACGCGUUGUGGACCAGAAACGGCUUGAAUUCUUUCGGGAGGAACUCGCGAGUCGGAUGUCCAACAACUACAAUGUCAUCUUGAAAGAACGGAAGCUGCCACUAUCGCUCCUGCAGGAUCAUCAAAAGCAAGCAAAGGCACAUCUUCUUGACAUUGAGCCUUUUGAGCAUGCCUUUGGACCAAAGGGCAAGAGGAAACGCCCAAAACUAAUGGCUCUUGAUUAUGACUCUUUACUAAAGAAAGCUGAUGAUUCUCAAGAUGCAUUUGAGGAAAAAUAUGCUUCAUCAAAGUUGCCGAAGGAGGAAGAGGAGGAUGGCUUAAGAGAUCUAGUCAGGCAUACAAUGUUUGAGAAGGGACAGAGCAAAAGAAUUUGGGGUGAACUGUACAAAGUUAUUGACUCUUCAGAUGUUGUUGUGCAGGUGUUGGAUGCUAGGGAUCCAAUGGGCACUCGAUGCUACCAUCUAGAGAAACAUCUGAAGGAGAACUGCAAACACAAACACUUAGUUUUCUUACUAAAUAAGUGUGAUCUAGUACCUGCUUGGGCUACAAAAGGAUGGUUACGUACUCUGUCGAGGGACUAUCCCACCCUAGCAUUCCAUGCAAAUGUCAAUAAUUCAUUUGGCAAAGGGUCUCUUCUGUCAGUAUUGAGGCAGUUUGCACGUUUGAAGAAUGACAAACAAGCCAUAUCUGUUGGAUUCAUUGGAUAUCCCAAUGUUGGGAAGUCAUCAGUUAUUAACACACUACGGUCGAAGACUGUUUGCAAAGUCGCUCCAAUUCCUGGUGAAACAAAAGUGUGGCAGUAUAUCACUCUCACUAAAAAAAUCUUUUUGAUUGACUGUCCUGGAGUUGUCUAUCAAAAUAAUGAUUCAGAAACUGAUAUAGUUCUGAAGGGUGUGGUACGAGUGACAAAUUUGGCGGAUGCUGCUGAGCACAUUGGUGAAGUUCUGAGGCGCGUUAAAAAGGAGCAUGUUCAAAGGGCAUAUAAAAUUCAUGAUUGGGUUGAUGAUAACGAUUUUCUUGUCCAGUUGAGCAGGACUAGUGGAAAAUUACUCAAGGGUGGUGAGCCUGAUCUGACAACAGUGGCCAAGAUGGUACUUCAUGACUGGCAGAGGGGUAAAAUUCCCUUUUUUGUACCCCCUCCGCAGCGCAAUGAUGAUAGUGCAUCUGAAAGUGCUGAGCCUGUUGAGAAAUCCGAUGAGGACGGUGUAAGUAGUGACAGGACUGCUGCUGCCAUGAAAGCAAUUGCUGGAAUAAUCUCAUCGCAGCAGACCAUGAAUGUACCGUGCCAGAAGGAACACAGUGCAAAUAACGAAGACAGCAAGCUUGCAGAGCAAUCAGAGUAAUCUUAACUAGCAAGAGGCAAGCAGUCCCGCUUGGGGUGUUCUCUGCUAUCAAACAGGUGGUAGUGUGUUUUGGAGGCAGAUGUGGAUAUAGAUUUCAUAUGUCAUGACUUGGGAGUUUGCCAGCCGAAGCAUUGUGUUCUACUUAUUAUUCUUCUCAUGCCAGAAAGGAUUCGGGUUGGUUCAGCUGGCUGCAAAGAAUGGUGAUUUGGGGAGCAACUGGUCUUUUUAUUUGCAUCUUUAUUGUAUUUCAAUCUUUGUAAUAGCAAGUAGAGCAGUUUUGCUAAUCGCAUCAUAAUGUUUAUUGCUACUAUACUACAGAUCCUGCUUCGAGCAUCAUACUUGCAUCAAGUUAUCCUUAUUUUUUUAGAACACGACUGUUCUGACCUUA